UUGUUAUAUAUACAACUAGCGUAUGCUUGCAUGUGUGCGUGGCUGCGCCCACCACGAUCCCUAUACGUGAAUAAACCAGUGCAUAACUAGCUACCGGUUGUUUCACUUGUGUCCAUAUCUACGUAUCUAACAGUGGCGACGAAUACCCACAUUUAAGCAAAAAGUAACAUGUCGGCUGGAUUAUUUGGAAUUUUGAGCAGUUUUGACCACAAUGGACAGGAAUGGAAGACAUAUAAAAGCCGCCUGACACAGUGGUUUGUGGCAAAUGACAUCACCGAUGCGACAGACGCGACUGGAACAAAGCGGAGAGCUAUAUUGCUAAGUGCACUCACGGAGGGUACGUACAGACUCGCUGCAGAUUUGGUUUUACCAAAGGAUGUACAAACGGUGCCCUACGAUGAUAUCAUAAAGAGUUUGGAUACCCAUUUCAACCCUAAGCGAGUUGGGUUCAGCGAGAGGCAUAAUUUCUACGCAGCGGUACAAAGACAAGGCGAAUCUCACUCGCAGUGGGCCGCGAGACUUCGUGGUCUGACGUCCCUUUGUGCCUUCAAUAAUGUGGAAGAAGCGCUACUCGAUCGCUUUAUUAUGGGCAUGAGGGCUUGUUAUGAGAAAGAGAAGCUCUACGCGCAAGAUUUGGCUGGCCUUACGCUUGGCAAAGCUGUGGAGUAUGCCGAGAAUGUUAGCACCGCGCGCGCAGCUGCCGCCGCCAGUGCGAGCGGAGCGGGCGCAUCUGCCGCGGGCGUCGCGGCGCUGGACCCGCUAUUAAAGAUUUCACGCAGUGCUAGUGCCAAGGGACCGGCCGCUACAAAGAGUAGCCGUUUAGGGAAGCCUAAGUGUACCAUAUGCGGGUAUACCAAUCACAAAACCGCGGAGUGUCAGUACAGUGAUUAUGUGUGUAAGAAGUGUAACGUUAAAGGCCAUCUACGUAGGGUGUGCCCAUCAAAAGUGAACUACGUAGACAAUGGAGCCGGAGACGAGGACUUCGGAGACGAUGUGCUCACAGGACAAUAAUGAUGUAACUAACCGGAAACAAUUCGCAAUUGGCACCUUUGUACUCUAUACAAAAAAUGUAAACAAUAAUAAAAUUAUGUGGGGUAAAGGAACGGUACAAAAACGAAUAGGAAAGGUAAUGUAUUUAAUUAAAGACUGGGAUUCUCAAGUAUGUUACCGUAAACACAUAGACCAAUUAGCAUUGUAUAAAGGUCACCUGGGAGAUGUUAAUGUAUGGGACUACGACGAUCACAACAUACUAACGCACUCACCGCCUGCGCCGACUUCUACGUCGUCACCGCCGCCGCCGCCGCCGUCGCCGCCGCCGCCGCCAUCACAGCCGCCGCCGCCGCCGCCGCCAUCACAGCCGCCGCCGCCACCGCCGCCGUCGUCACAGCCGCCGCCGAAAACGCCGCCGCCACCGCCGCCGCCGCCGUCGCCUCAAGCGAUGAUGUCGCCGUCGCACCAACAGAAUGCGUCAGACCGUACUCACCCCGUGGAGGAGGAAGAGUACAGCGAAGACGAGGAAGAGUUCCAUGAGGCAGAAUCAGGCAGUAGCCACAAUAGGCCGCCUCCAGGCGAGACACGGAGAGUGUUGCGUCCCCGUCCCAAAAUAGAUUUUAAGAAGUAUUACUAGUGUUUAAAUUGAAAAAUAGGUUAUGAGAUUAAUAGUUUAAUAGAGGAGGGAUGUUAUAUAUACAACUAGCGUAUGCUUGCAUGUGUGCGUGGCUGCGCCCACCACGAUCCCUAUACGUGAAUAAACCAGUGCAUAACUAGC